UUGGUCUCUCCGGUCUUUUACCGCAGUGCAUCUGCAGUUUCCUGUGAUGUGGCGCAGGAGGAAAACACACACACACGCGCACGCACACACGCGCACACAGGCGCACGGUUAACAGGGACAGGACGGAUCUGAUAGAUUAGCUUUUAUUAUUUUCGGGGAGGAGGGCUAGGCGUCUCAGGCAGUUUCACCUGCAAUGCCAGGACGAGCGACGCGUCUCCUCUCCGAGCGCGGGGCUCAUUGAACAGCCGGUCAUUCAUCUUUGCAUCAUUCAGCUGUCAUCACAGGGGAGGACGGGAUUUGUAUCUUCAUCCCUCUUCUUCCUCUUUUUUUUCUACUCCGAGGUGAUCCGGACUGAGGAUAAGAUCUGCCCAUCACACCGAUCUGUGUGUGAUCGGCCUAUCGGUAGCAUCCAACCUGCACAAGUCUUUCUACAGCAGGAGCGCUGUAUUGAUUUUUGAGGCUCCUCGUCACAUAAAACCGCUCCUCCAACAUCCGGCUGAUAUGGCGGCAUCGAAGCUCCUGCUCCUCACUCUCCUCUGCAGCAUGUUGGCAUCCUGCCGCGGCGCCUGUGCAGAGCCGGACUCUGACACGGAGGCGGUCGUGGGCAAGGGCUUCAAACUGGGCUGCAUCUCCUGCAAGAAGAGGAGUGAGGUGGAGGGGACCGCCACGGUCGAAUGGCACUUCAGGGGCAAAGGAGAGGAAGACUUCUACCACAUCUACACCUACACCGAGCGAGGCCCGACCAUCGAGAGCGACAACUUCAUGGAUCGGGUGGAUUGGAACGGAAGUAAGAGGAGCCAUGACAUCCAAGACGCGUCCAUCUACCUGCUCAACGUCACCUACAACGACUCGGGCACCUACCAAUGCUUCUUCAACCGCAUCCUCUUCUACACCAACUACGAGUACAGCACCGUUGUUACGAAGGUGGUCGAACUCACCGUGGUGGCUAAAGCCACCAGAGUGACGGCGUCCAUCGUGUCCGAGGUCAUGAUGUACGUGACCGUCAUCGGCCUGCAGGUCUGGCUCCUCAUAGAGAUGAUUUACUGCUACAAGAAAAUAUCAGCGCACGGGGAAGAAGCGAUACGAGAAGCGGCAAAUGCUGAAUAUUUAGCGAUAGCCUCAGAAAGUAAAGACAACUGUGCGGGGGUGCAGGUCGGAGAAUAACACAGGCUUCUCCCCGUGGGCUGAAAACAUCCGUCCACCCUCUGACCUGCAUGUCGACAGCUUGGGGGGGAAACUCCUCUUCAUAUCCAGCCUCUUUUUCCCCUUUUCCUCAACAGAUCACACACACACACACAUGGAUGUGACGUACACAGAGAGCAUGGUACCGGCACUGUAUAGUCUUCUGCGCUGCUAAAGCAUGUUCUGCCCUUUUUGGAGCAAGCCGUCAUGCACCAACGAGCCACACAGCAUAUACUGCACCCACAGCCCUUCUUCACGUGUACGUAGUCACACAUUUAUAUCAAACUUAGGCGGUACUAUGGACUCCACGCGGCUGAUUGUCAAAGAAAGCUUUAUACUACAUAAUCACCACCUACUGUAUAAAUAAUACGAUACACAUGUACGGAAACAUUUUACCUAAAAAAAAAAGAAUAAAUAGAAUGUGAUGGACUACGAUAGACUGUGUUUCCAGUUGCUAGUCUUAAGAUGUACCAAUAAAUACUGAAGAAAAAGUC